AUGGAAUCUAAUGAGGUUGUUGAUGGAGCAGAUGUUGUUAUUCCACUGUCAUCGGUUAAACAAGUUACGGACAGGUAUGCUAACACUUUGUAUGGAUAUUUUCUGGGUAAACGUAUGGCAUUUCCUGUGGUCGAUUACUUUGCAAAAAACAACUGGGUUAAGUAUGGUCUUUCACGGCUAAUGAUGAAUGCAAACGGGUUCUUUUUGAAGUUUAAAACUAAGGAAGGGAUGAAUCAAAUGUUAGAGGAUGGGCCUUGGAUAAUUAGAAGUGUACCGAUUAUUCUGAAGGAGUGGUCGGCCUCUAUCAAGAUGGAAAAAGAGGAUAUUAAAGUUGUGCCAGUCUGGGUCAAAUUGCAUGAUGUGCCGUUAGCGGCAUUUACCGAGGAUGGUCUUAGCUUGGUUGCUUCUAAGAUAGGGAUCCCUAAGAUGUUGGAUUCGUAUACUGCCAUGACGUGUGCUGAGUCUUGGGGAAGAAGCAGCUAUGCUAGAGCGCUUAUUGAAGUUCAGGCGGGGACCGAGUUAAAGAAGAGUGUUACUGUUGCAAUCCCAGCUUUGGAUGGGAAUGGUCACUCAAUGGUGGAGGUCAAAAUUAAAUAUGAUUGGGAGCCUUUAAGGUGCUCCUCUUGCUGUGUCUUUGGUCAUGAUGAUAGCUCGUGCCCAAAGAACCCUCAGGUAACUUCAAGUGGGGAUUCUGAAAAGAAUAUUGAUGAUUUUCAGGUUAUGGGUACCAAGAAGAAGAAAGUUAAUAACCAGGGCCUCCAUAUGAAAAAUCAGAAGCCUAAGUUAGUUUACAGACCAGUUGUCAAGCCUAAACCAAAAUCAUCCUUGAGGAGUCCGAUGAAUAGCCAGGUUUCAACGUCUAACCCGUUUAACAUUCUCAAGGACGAUGAUGGAAAUCAAGGAGGUAUCACUGUGGGUCGAGUAGAAAUGAAGGCUACGCAGUCGACUAGUGACAAGCAUGAAUCAGAUGAAGAGGAGGUUGUUGAAGUCUAUAAUGAAACUAGUGAAUUUAUGACUUCGGGUACCCAUUCUUUAUCUUCGAGAGCAAAGGUAGGCACCCCUUCCACAAAUUUCUCCAAUGGAUAG